AUGUUCUCUUCUCAACAAGAAACUCUUACUAUUCCGCCACAAAUCAAAUGGAGCACCCUACGACAAGGGCAAUAUGUGAAAGACAGAAUCAUCCAACGCCAAGAGAUUAGCCUCCAUCUGUGGCCGCUACUUCAGCUGGUUGUAUAUCAUGCCUAUUCUAUCUGGCUAUUUACAUUCAACGAUCUCAAGACCAUUAUCGGUCCUAGUAUUCUAUUUGCCCUGGGUACCUCUCCAGCGCUAUCGAAAUUUGGCAUGCAAGACGCUGCUCUGGCCGACCUUAUCCCCCGAGCGCCUUUGGCUCUCUUGUGGCUGUGGAUCAACUUGUUGCCCUUUACUAUCGAUAAUCAGAGACACCCGGGCUCGAUUGCUGAAGAUCAAAUCAACAAGCCAUGGAGAACUAUGCCUUCCAAGCGAAUGACGCCUCAUCAAGCUCGGAACCUUGUGGUCGUUCUUUAUGCUCUGGCCAUCAUCACCAGCUAUUACAUUGGUGGACUUGAACCGUGCUUGUCCUUAGUAGUGCUGGGAGUCUGGUAUAAUGAUUUCCAGGGGGCUGAGGGUCUUUUAUCUCGCCAUCUUCUCAAUUCCUUUGGAUAUAGAUGCUUCAACACUGGCGCUCUUCAAGUCGUACUUGGUAGCCGUGGUAUCCAUUCACCCAGUACGUCGCUACUAGCCUGGGAGGCCAUUGUUUCUGGCAUUGUCUUCACCACCAUUCACGCAAUGGACAUGCAUGAUCAGGAGGGUGACGCCUCACGCAACCGCAAGACCGUACCGCUGGUUGUUGGUGACAAUUUGGGACGCUUCUCGAUUGCUUUCUUUAUGACCAUCUGGUCGAUUGUCUGCCCAGCUUACGUUGGCGCGCCACCUAUUAGCUCUGCGAUAAUAUGGGGACUAGGUGGACUUGUUUCUGCACGAUAUCUUGUUUUUCGAACAGUUGCUCAAGAUAAAAAAACCUCUAAGCUGUGGAACUUGUUUAUGGUUGGGAUCUACUUAUUGCCAUUGUGCGGUGGCUAA